AAAAUGAUGGACGAAUGCCAGGACCACCGAUGGUGCCAUUUCCUUGUCCACAGCCAUGUGUUUGGGCCCGAUCCAUGCCCAGGAACACACAAAUACUUGGUGGUUUCGUACAAAUGCAGACCUGCCAAUCAUCGUCUCAAGACUGUAUGUGAAAAUGACAAGAUGAGGCUACAAUGUCGGAGCAGCUCAGUUCUAGCAAUUUAUUCUUCGAUUUAUGGGCGACCUUUGCGGGGAAAGUUGGAGUGUAAUUCUAUGAACGGGACGGAGCCUGAAAUAGAAUGCACAGCUCCCGAUGCCUUGAGAAGAGUGUCCCACAGGUGCCACAAGAAGAGGAAUUGCACCCUGGUUGCUAACUCGGCUACAUUUGGAGACCCAUGCUUCCCGGGGGUGAAGAAACAAUUGAGAGUGUCCUACACUUGCGUGCCAAGGCAGUUGUUAGAAGAGGCGACCCGCGAAUCCCGAGAAGAUCCCUUCUCAAUUUCUGAUUACACCCACGGUGGCUGGUACACCGGGCCGAGGCUGUCCAAGCAGUUCCAAGAAAAUCUGAUGAUAUUUACUAACUCUCUGGAAACAAUAGCCCAUAUUUGGGGUGUUCCGGAGAAGGUGGGCUUUUAUUUCCUAUGUGGGGUAUCUGGAGGGCUGCUGUUUCUCCUCCUCUUCUUUGCCCCCAAAGCAACCUUCUUGCAAGACCUCAAAGGGCCCUUCAAAAAGGCAGAUGUGACGGACUCCUUGCAGCUGGAGACAACCAAGCUACAGGACGACCAAGAUGAAGAAAAUCGGGAGGAAAGCUCAUCUGAAUCCUCUUUCAGCCACCUUACCUCCAAUUGCCGGAACACCAACAUCUUUGGGCCGGAACUGACGGCGGCCUUGGAAGGGGCAGCUGAUCAAAGAAGCCACGAAGGCGAUGAAAUUUGGAUCCCCAAGGAAUCCAGCCCAUACGCCAUCCACAAAAUUAAGGCAGCCACCAAGUGAGAAGGACCAACGUUGGAAGCAGUUGGGCAGAGUGAGCUGCGCUGGGUGAACGCAGGUAGUCCUUCAUUUCUGAUUGCAAUUGGGACCAGCAUUGCUGUUGUUAAGCGAAGCAGUUGUGAAGCGAGUCCUGCCCAAUUGGAUCAGCUUUAAUACGGGGUUGUUAAGAAAUUCACUACAGUUGAAGGAAUCGCAGUCAUUAGAAGCAAAAUCCGGCUUCCUCCAUUGGCUUUUGUUUGUCGGAAACUGGCAAGCUGGGAAGGUUGCAAACGGGGAUCACAUAACACCCCCCCUCCCCGAGAUGCUGCAACUAUCAUCAAUACAUGCGAACUGCCAAGCACCUGAAUUUUGACCAUGUGACUGUAGGGAUGUUGCAGUGGUUAUAAGUAGCAAUUGCAAUAGCCCUUAGACAUAUACCAUAUUCUUUAGAGUAUAAGACACACUGGACUA